UUGUACAAUUGUUUAGUUGCCCCUGUCCUAUCAGAAGUUCAACACGACGAGAUUGUCAUAGUACCCGAUGGACCAAUGUAUAGAGUACCGUUUGCUGCCCUCAGGGAUCCCAAUACAGGACAAUAUUUGUCAGACACCAAACGCAUUCGUCUUGCUCCAUCGAUAGCAAUAUUAAAGGCUCUAAAUGAAUGUCCAGUGGAUCAUCACAGGCAAAAUGGAGCAUUGAUUGUAGGAGAUCCAAGUGUUGGAGAGGUGAUGUUUAGGGGCAAGAAACGAGUGUUUGCACGUUUACCUUCAGCAGAAACGGAAGUCAGAUGUAUUUCUUAUAAAUUGGGACAGGCCGCUCUGACUGGAGAACAAGCUACCAAAAACACUGUGUUGCACAAACUGAGAGAAGGAUCAGCUUUAAUUCACAUUGCUGCACACGGGAGCUCUGACAAUGGUGAAAUAGCGCUAGCACCAAAUGUCUCACCAGAAAGACAAGGUAUCCCAGAAGAAGAUGACUACCUGUUGACGAUGARRGAAGUSCAACAAAUCGGAAUCAAAGCUCAACUUGUUGUGCUAAGCUGUUGCUACAGUGGUCGUGGAGAGAUUAGGGCUGAAGGCAUGAUUGGACUUAGUCGUGCUUUUCUUGCGUCCGGAGCUCGUUCUGUCGUAGCGUCAUUGUGGGCAAUCGACGAUAGUGUAACAUAUAGUUUCAUGGUCAGUUUUUACAGUUAUCUGACUCGAGGUGAAAGUGCRAGUGUAAGUCUUCAUAAAGCCAUGCAUGAUAUUAGAAAAGAAGGCCACAGGGAUCCCAAGUACUGGGCUCCUUUUUUCUUGAUCGGUGAUGAUGUCAUCCUGAAUUUGAGGUAAAAAGGGUCUUACUUUUAAUGACUCUUCCAUGCCAUCUAAUGCUGACAGUAAACUUUUAAAUAUGCAUUUCACUUGAUUUUUAUAGUAUUAUUUCAAUAAGUCUUUCAUAGUUAGAUUAUUUUGUUUGACAAGUUUCAAGGCACUUUUACACUUGCGAUUUUUUCAGUGCGAUUGUCGCGCGACAAU